UGUAACCCAUCAAUCUUUGCAUUAACAUUUUUAAGAUUCACUUCAAUAUGAUUAAUAACUUUUGAAAAAAAUAAUCUGCAUUCCUCGGACCAUAAAAGCUGUGUUACUUUUUUUCUCUCACAAUAUAAGUCCUACUUUUGCGAAUUCGUUUCCAAGGCAUUAUAUUACGCCGCGUUCGCAUUUAGUUAUCGCUGCAGCAGGCGAUGCGCUCCCGAGCGCCACACGCGAGAUAACGGUCACGCUACGCAACUUAAAUACAUUUACCUUUACCAGUCCCAAUGUUUAUUUCAUUAUCGAACGGGCAUCGUUGGGGCGAGCGCCCACAGGGCCCUGUCGUCGCACCCGUCAAAUCACGAUCCACUCCAAUCAAAUCCCAACAUAAAAACGAGAAGAAAUUUCAUACAGAAGGUGCGUUCAGUCUAGCACCGUGUCGAGUUUUGCUGAGCGGGCGGAGGGGAGUGGGACGCGUCACUCGGCAACGACGCCGCUCCUCGCUCUACCCGCGUACCCGGCCCGGUCAGUCAGUCGCCGGUGACGCUGUGUGCUGGACGUGUGUGUAUUUUGCUCUUAACCUUCGAUAAAUACGAACCAACUUUAUUACAAAACUCGAGUGGCACACUUUUUUCAAGUGGAUUAGAUUAUAUGCAGUGUUGGUGACGCUAGUGACGGAUGUGCUGUUUAAGUGCUAAAACUACUUUUCGCUAUAUGUGUUGAAACACGAACCGAUGGUCCUAUUGAAUAGUAACAUGAAAAUAAACGGUGUUCCUUAAAUAAGAAUUCGAUCGAAAUGACGAUAGACAGAGCAGGAAGGCCACCUGCCCCGCGGCGGACCUCCUCUACUUACAGAAGUUACGAUGAACUUGGUGUGAUAGACCGCGGUAGACCUCUAAGGUACAGGCAUGGUGGAGUAGAAGAUCUUUCCGGUAUCGAACAGCCGAGACCUUACAGAACGUAUGAGCCUCAGGAACUCGAUAAUAUUACUGUUAUUAGUUCAGAGGAAAUACCUAAGCCCAAACGAAAGACAAUGGAAGGUUUGGCAAGUGGGUUUAGAAGAACGUUUUCAGUUAGAAGCAGACGUGAUGAACCCGAAGGUAUACCAAUGGAAACAUUUAAUGUGACUGGUGAGGAAACGUUUGCCACUGUCAGAGGAGCGCCAUUCGGGAGACGGAGGUCUUUGUCGCGCGACCGAGGUUCAUCUUUGCUCGCACGAAGUUCUUCGGAAGGUGACGUGAGGAUGACACUUCCACGUGCUCCACCCAACCCAACGCCCCGCCUGCACCGCUGCCUACGCGCGCUCGGCGGCAGCUGGAAGAACCUCCUACUAUGUAAGUACGAGAUAUCCUGUCACAUCAAAACACCCCUUUGUCAAUGGUAUGUUUGAAAUAACUACACACAUACAUAUAUGUGAGCGUUGGUGGAUCAGGAGUUAAGCACUUGACGUUUAAUCUGCAGAUCUUGGUUUUGAA